CAGUGGCGCGGUCACAACCUCUCCUCUCUCCCACUCUCAUCAUCAUCGCGUGAUGACUGCCGUACGUCGGAUCAACAAGGAGCUCAAGGACAUCUUCGACCACCCAAUCGAUGGGGUGACCGUUCAGCCAGACGACGCCAACGUCUUCCUGUGGAACUGCACCGUCGCCGGGGCGUCCGAUGGUCCCUACAAGCACGGCGUCUUUCACUUCAAGCUCGAGCUCUCGGAGAGCUUCCCUUUCAAGGCCCCAGCGGUCAAGUUCAGCACGAAGAUAUACCACCCUGGAAUAAACGACGAGGGCCACAUAUGCGUGCCCAUCCUGCGCGAUCAGUGGAAGCCGGCAAUCAAGCUGCCCGCAGUGCUUGCUGUCAUCAAGGAGAAAGUGAACAACCCCAGCCCUGACGAUCCAUUCGAGCCCGAGAUCGCGGCGCAAUUGCGGGACGACAAGGCGAAGUUUCUGGCCACCGCGAAGGAGUGGACGAAGCAGUGAGCAGACGUGUUCUCGCGGCUUCUCGACCGCUGUGCCCUGACUCGAUGGUCUCAGACACGCGAUGGCGUGACCGAACGCGUCCCCAGACCGCGUCCGGUGUAGUUAGUGUCGUCGUGAAGUACUAGCAGAUGUCUCCAGUUGUAUGUAAUUGUGACGGGGAAUCGACGAAAUGUGUACGAU